CCGGAAGUGAUACUGACGCGCAAAAGUAUGGCGUCUUUGGCAAUACGCAUUUGCGCACGGACCUAGCGUUGCUAGCAGAGUAAAAUAUUCAUUCAAACUCUAAAGGAUACUUAGACUAGUGUGUGCCACUGUGUGUUUUUGGAACGAGUAAAUAAUAAGCAGGAAUAGUCGAAUUAAUAGGCGCAGUCCGGCAGUGAAGCGCGUGACGGUGCUGAUUUUUGCUGAGAGUUGAGUGGGAGCGCGUGCGCUGCAGCGGCAGGUGAAGUGAUGGAGUCAUCCGAGCAAUGUCCUCAAGACUCAGCCCAUCAGGAGGUGAACCCAGUGUUCCUCCAGCAGCUCAGGGAACUGGAUAUCCCCGAGGAGGCAGCCAGACAGGCACUCCUACACACAAGGAAUGUGUCGGCUGAGGAGGCGGCAAUGUACUACUUCAACAAACUGGAAAAUGAGGAAGAAGGCGAUGAAGAUACGAUGUUCAAGAUGGUCUUUGUCGUGAACAUGGAGCUGAACAUGGGAGUGGGGAAGGUGGCGGCACAGGUGGGCCAUGCAGCUGUGGCUCUGUUCCAGGCCAUGCAGGAGAAGAAUACUUGGAGAGAGAUGGCCUGGAAAUGGGACCAUGCAGGAUCUAAGAAGAUUGUGCUACAGGGCACAAACACUGCACAUCUCUUGGAGUUGCAGGCUCUCGCCAUGAGUCUGAGCCUUCCUACAAAACUGAUACAGGAUGCCGGACUCACACAGGUGGAGCCGGGUUCUAGCACUGUGCUGGGCAUCAUGGGAGAGGAAGAAAUGGUCAAUAAUGUCACAGGCAGCCUGAAACUGCUUUGAGCAUUGAAGAGAAGAUGGAGUGGAACUACAGAUGUGUAUGGUGUCACUGUGUGUCCACAGGGGGGCGGAACAGUCCCACAGCAGCAAGGCUUGCUGCACAAAAAAAACCCACAGCAUAAUCUAUGGCAUUCACAUACUUCUACUGUCACCCUUAAACACACACACACACACACACACACACACACACACACACACACACACACACAAUAACAGUAAUAUUAUCUGAAGUAGGAGGAGGGCUGCGCAUGUGGGUGGUUGGCUGGAUGUGUCAGUUCUGGUUGACUUAACGUUUUCAGUGUAUAUGCAUUUAUUCUCGGUUACGUAAGGGUCUUUUGAUUUUAUAAAAGAAUGUGUGAAGCCACAUAGAACAUAUCAGUAAUUGAUCAAAUGGGUAGAUGAUGCCAACUUGUGUCCUGUUACAUAUAAAAAAAUAAAUAUAGCCCUCAAGUUAGAAUAGUGUUUUGGUGAUUGUUGGACCAAUUUAGUCAUUGUAAAAGAUUCAAAUGAAUCGUUAACACUACAUGUAAAGCAUCAUCUCCAAAUGUAAGUUUACCUGUAAACUCCUGAGUUUACUGAUGACCUACAAAGGCACUUCCUUUGUUUGUGAGUUGUGCUGUUUGUCUAGAAUUUUUAUGUAAGUGAGACGAUGGCCCCUUCCUACCGAGCCUUGUUACGUAGGCAUAUCACAAACUCAUUACUAAUAAAGAAGGUGGUGGGGAGAGAAAAUGCAAAAUCCCAAAGCCAUACAUUUAUUGUUGAGUGCCAUUGUUAACCAUUUCUGUCACUUUUUGACUGUUAUUUAUUUAUUUUUUUAUGCAUCUGCUUGUAGUCUACUAUAUGUCAGUUCUAGAACUAAAGCUGUAAUUGCUAUUUGCAAUAAUAUAGGCAUGCUAUGUGUCUCAAUUAAAAUGUCACUGUAGUGUUACAGGAUCAGAGCUUUGCACUAAGUCUGACAAAUUAAUUUCAUAUAAAACCCCCUGAAAAUGAAUAGUGUCCUGAAUGUUUAAUGUUACUUAAGAUUUAGACCAUAAGCCUAGACCAUGUCGGUUUCACCCCAAUACAUUUAAAGCUGAAGUAAUUGAAUUUGUAUUGACAUAUAGGUCAAUAAUAAUCACAAGAUAUGAUCGAUUAUUGGUGCUGGUUUUUUUUCCUCAUGGAUUUUGAAUCAUGCAUAGGUUUCAAAUAAAUGAUUUAGAGGGAAAAGUGCAUAUUUGGUUAGAGUUUGAUUUGUGCCCUGUAUCUGACUAAUUCUAAUACAUCAUCUCUGUUCUCA